AUGGCUAAGAUCCUUAAUAAGGACCCGGUCACCUACGAGAGGGAAAGACUCACUUUUUUGAAGGAGCUUCAUCAUUUUCAUGAGACUAGAGGGACCGGAUUUAAAAAAUAUCCAAAAAUUAGCGGAAAUGAAAUAGAUCUAUAUUUACUUUAUCUACUUGUUACUGCACAUGGUGGAUGGAUCAAGGUCCACUUUCUUGGCGAGGACGGACAGCAGGCUGAUGAUGAUGAUGAGGACUCUAGGCAUCGCAAGUGGUCAGCCAGGUCACUUCAUUCUGUUCCUCUUACUUACAAUUAUCAUCAACAUAAUGUCGCUGAAUCACUCCGUGAGUACAACGGACUAUCAUCGAAUCUCUACAAGCCCUCAAACUACGACAAGCUAGCACUGUCCUUGCUCUCACCGCUGCCCAAUGAGCAGGACUUUGCUAUCAAUGUCUGCACCCUUUUAUCUAACGAAGGCAAGCACACGCUGAGAUUGGACAAGUAUCCCCGGCUUAUCAACAUCUUGCUUGCCCAUGCUGGGGUUUUUGACUCUCCAGGGACGAGGCACCUCUUUAUUGAAGUUUACUCCAGAGUAAGGAACUACUCUAUAAAUUCCUUCUGGUCUGAUGUUCUUGACUCGCCUCAGGUGCUAGAUCUCACUGAUGAAAGGACUUUUAUGAAGAAACCCACGCCGACUAUUCUUAAUACUUUUUCGAGGAGGAAAAUCUUGGAUAAAAAUAGCAAGAAAGCUGCGGGGGAGAGUAAAGAGAAAAUUUGUGAAGAUAAGGAGCAGGAUAAACAGGAAGAAGACCGCGAUUUGUUCUGCAUGGGUCGUACCUUAGGCACGCAGGACCCUUACGGCCAGCGAGUUCUGCAAAUCGCUUCAAUCCUCCGGAACUUGAGCUUCACUCCAGAAAACGCAGCGGUUCUUGGAAAGAACCGCUGCUUCUUACGGUUCGUGUUGCUUUGUGUUCGCGCGAGGUGGAGCAAUUUGCACCAACUUGGCUUCGACAUCCUGGGGAACAUUGCCAACGAGAUCGAGUUGAAAGAAGUCGGAGAAAGAUUAGCUGAGGGGAUAAUAAACUGCAUCGUCCACGGGAUUGACUCCACGGACCGGUUCCUGGCACUCAGCGACAUCGCGCUGCUUGUCUACACCCUAGAGUGCUUGUAUGCACUAACGAGUCUCGGAGAGAGACCUUGCACCAGCUUGGCGAGGGUCCGAGGCGCCAUUGACACCCUGGUGGCCUUGGUCACAGUUGAAGCUCAGAGCUAUGGACCCAAAGCGUGUAUCUUGAUGCGCGUCGUGGAAACUGUCAGCACUCUAGCGACCUCUACUGUCAGCCAGAGCACCACUACCACCACUACUACUUCUGUUCCUACUCCCGUUGCUACCACACCAGCUGUCGUCACCACAGCCAGCAUCCCAGCUCCAGUUGCUGCUCCAGUAGUCAGCAACAUCAGUCCUGUUACCUCCAGGCCGACUACUCCAGCGACCCCUGCUGUCAAGGCUGCUGCUAACAAAGCCAUCGAGGCUGCUAAUUCUCUCCAGCAGCAGCAUGCUCAUCAGCAAAUUAUCCAAGAGAAUGAACAGUUUGCUCUAGGCUGGCUAAGAGCUACCUUUGAACUUGCGUCUGGGGUUAAAAUUGAACAGGAAGAACUUUAUAAAAAAUAUUUGAGCUCUUGCACUAAAAUUGGACGACGGGGAGUCAUUGCUCCGCUUCAUUUUCCUAGAUGUGUUAGAUCGGUAUUUGGCGGAACAAUAGGCCCGAACCCCCAAAAAGGAGAAACAACAGGAACGCAGUACUACGAAGGGAUCAGAGUCCGCGCAACUCCAGCACCAAUUACAUAUCCAAGCCAACCAUCAUCUCCAGCAGUGGUAACAUCAGCUUCAUCAACUCCAACACCCGCAAAGGUGCUACAACUGGUACAACAGCGUACAGUCACUAAAAGUCCUGCACCCGACAGCACGGCCCUUGAUAACAAUGCAUCCAAGACAAUUACCAACUCCACCGCCACAGCCCAGACACCCGCGUCUCCUAUACUAAAGGCCCACUUGUCAGCCCCACCGAAACCGACACCCUCAAACGCUACUCUGAACCAACCCCAGAUCAUAACCAAGGUUGACUCUAAAAGUCAGGUGUCCGUGACGCAUCCUCAUCUAAGCCAGGCGCUGCUCGCCAGUGGUUCUGCGCAGAACCAACCCCCACUCCAAGGCACAGUUCAGGCGCAGGCGCAGACGCAAACUCAGACCCACAUGGUUCAAGUGGUGACUAAAGAUGGCGGUACCACCUCAAGUUCGAUAAUAAAAAGCCUAUUGGCUACAAAGGUAACGGUCAGCGGCGACUGCAUGCCCAGCGCCGCUGCUACCUGUGUGUCUACUUCUUCAAAUGCCUGUGUAACAAAUACUACUAGCAUCCCAACAACCAUCAGUGCCAAUCAGCUAAUAACAAACAAUCAGAUGGAAGUCAACGACGAAACAGUAACCAGCAGCACCCCCUCAGUGAUAGUCUCAACAGAAAACCACAUUGGUCAGAAAGUAAUCCGCCCACCAGUAACCCCAAAAUUCAUCACCCAAAAGCCGUACACUCCCCCGGUAACGGAGGAUUCCGAUUCCACGAACAAUUCCCUAGCCUCCAGCAGUGGAAUCGGCCGUGAUUGUUCCGGCGUCGCUGAAGAAGAGAACUCCAUCACCAGUUUUGAAGGAAUCCUCCAGAACGGCGUGACCCCAGACCUGGACCAGGACAGCAGUUCCAAGGAAUCAAGCGUGAGUUCCAGAGGGAAGCAGAACUUGAUGCUGGCGGACCUCCUGGAGCGCAAAGUGGACAAGGAGUUGGUGAACGGAGUUCUGAAGAACAUGGAGAACCACGUAAAGAAGGAAGUGAAGCUGGAGUGCGGAAUGUCUAUCAACGACGACGCGAUGAUAGAAGCGCCUAUCAAAAGGUCUAGUGACUCCGAGGAGAGUUCUGUGAAGAAGGUCAAGUAUUCCAACGGAACCAGUUCCUGGAACGAGAACGACUCGGUUAAUGUUGAGUCAACUGUUUCCUCUAUUAAGUCUGAGGAAGAUCAGGAGGAGAAGGUCACCGUUUCUUCAACAGCCGCUAACCUCUACGCGGCGCUAGCGGCGGAUAUUAUCGAAGAUGAGAACGAUCUGGAGGAACCGGUCAAAGAGGAACCCAAGUUCUCGGAACAGGUGGUCCAGCAGAUCGUCCAGGUUCCUCAGCAAGUUCCGCAGCAGCUGAUAGUCGCUGCUCCAAGGCAGAUUGUCGUCCAGAACAACCAGGUGCUGAUCCCCGGGCAGAUGAAGGCCAGGACGACCCAGCCGCAGGUGCUGCUCCAGCAGGGCGCGGGUGGACAGCUCCAGUAUGUCGUUUCGGGAGGCGUUCCAGGUCAGAACUACGUCCUGGCCCAAUCUCAGACCGCCUUGGUACAAGGUCAGGCGCAAACGGUUCUAGUGGCGCAAACGACCCAACAGCAGGGCACUGGAGCCAAGACCAUAAUUAUCCUCCAACCUCAAGCUCAGGGUCAAGGUCAUCAAAAGGUCGUCGCAAUGACCCCUCAGGGUCAGCAGGUAGUGGUCACGCAAAUGCCUCGGCCGAUAAUACAGAGCCAGGUCGGUAACUUACCGGUAGUCGGUAAUAUGCCGCCUUUAGUGCCGACCUCUUCUGGGGCCCAGAAUUCUAUUAUCGUCAACACGUCGAUUGUCACCCAAAGCAAUCCUAAUACUGUCACUGUAACAAUCCCCGCGAUGACUCAACAGUGCCCGGUUACCAGUAGUCUGCCGUCCAGAGUGGUCACGCCCACUCCUGCGUCGACUCCGCCCCCUACUAGGCCCACCACGCCCCACCAGGCUGCCGCGACCAAUGUCAAGCUUCAGAAUAAACUUAAUAAGGUGACGACUUCGACUUCGACGGAAGAUAAGCCGAGUACAAGUCAAGGCCAGAGUGAGAAAGUUGUUAUUAAAUUGGAUCCCAAUGCGUUUUUGUGCGAGUGGAGGGGGUGUCUAAAGCAAUUCAAGACUGCGCAUGAGGUUUAUAUGCAUGGGUGUGAAGCACACUGUCCUAACGAUGCCGAGGAGGUGGUUUUGUCGACGGCAACGCCAGCGCCCUCAGCGGCGGCGUCAGCCGCCGCUACAGCUUCGCACCCUGGUUACGCGCCGAACGCGGCGCUCCACGCAAUCAAAAGGCACGCUCUUGAGUUUAUCAACCCCAAGGAAUUGAUGCAGCAAAGGCCAAGCAAGCCGGCUGCUGCUGCUACAACUACCGUCAGUUCUCCUCGAGCUGGUCAAAACUCUACACCAGAACAGGAUGACAAUGAAGGUCCAGUUACUAAAAAUCAAUGUCGUAGACAAUUAAGUAUUAAUAAUUAA